UAGUUGCAACUCUAAUUUGUUUCCGUCCUUUUUCUAAUUAAGAUGUCGAAAUAUCAUUUGCCUGUCUGGCAUAAAAAUGGGUCUGGACUCACCUGAUGCUUUUUAUGACAGGGUGUUUCUGGGAUAGCACUUCCUUCCGGAUCUACUAAGCUCUACUCUGGAAGCAAAGACGGAACGGCUAGAAUCUGGGACUGUCACACUGGUCAAUGUGAUCAGGUGAUCAACCUUGGAGGAGAAGUUGGGUGUUUUACUUGUGAAGGUCCCUGGGUGUUUGUUGGCCUGCCUAAUACUGUUAAGGCAUAUAAUAUCCAGAAUGGUGCUAGCUACAAUAUCAGUGGACCAGUUGGACAGGUCCAUGCUCUGGAAGUUGCUAAUGACAUGCUUUUUGCUGGAGCCCAGGAUGGCACUAUCUUGGUGUGGAAAGGAGGUAGCGAGGCUGAUCCUUUUCAGAUGGCUGCGCCUCUCAGGGGCCACACGAAGGGCGUGGUAUCAUUAACUGUUGGGCGCGACCGGUUGUAUUCUGGUUCCAUUGACCAGACCAUAAGGGUGUGGGACUUGCACACUCUGGAGUGUGUUCAGGAACUUGUUGGACACACUGAUGUGGUGAUGUCACUUCUUUGCUGGGACCAGUACCUGAUAUCCUGUUCGUUGGAUAAGACAAUUAAGGUCUGGGGGGUUGCCACUGAAGGAGGCAGCUUGGAAGUUGGCUUUACACAUCAUGAGGACCAUGGUAUUCUUGCACUGUCAGGGACGAUUGAUACAGGUGGUAAGCCGGUCCUUCUGUGUGCAUGCCUUGACAACACCGUUCGGUUGUACGAGCUCCCAUCGUUCACCGAAAGGGGCAAGAUAUUCUCAAGACGAGAAGUUAGGACUCUUCAAACGGCUCCCGGAGGCCUAUUCUUCACGGGAGAUGCUGCGGGGACACUGACCGUUUGGAACUGGUUGGAUUCUCCAAAGAGCCAAAAAGAGCAGCUUCCUCAACCGAUGGAUUCAUGCUAAGUAGAAGACAGAAUCAAGCUAUUGACAUUGGAGUUCAAAUUUCGCAAGGAAGACAAUGUCAUCUAUGCUACGAUGCAACUGGGAUUGUGAUUGAGAGCAAGAAACGGGACGGCUGUAGCUACUGUCUGCCCCGCAAUACCAGUUUUUGGGCUGUCUUUUUUGUACAGACAUUGAUUUUUUUGACAGCGACGGCUGGACUUGUAUAUGAUUCCUGAUUAGUAAUUGAAAUGCCUUUUGCUUGUCGAAUGGAAA